AUGGCCACACAACUACUAAAGAUAAAACACACGCUAAUCCUAAUAGUGUUUAUGAAUAUGUUCAUCUGUGCUAGCUGCAGCUACACUCUUAUUGGAGACUGCAUAUGCCUCGAUGGAGCAUCUACUGGAUACGGUCUAAGGCAGGCACAGGGAGGCAUUGGCUCAGGCACAGCAGCAGGCACGCAGAUGAUGGCCAUGCAAAUGCUAGCACAGCCAGCAUCUCAGCAGACAGUUGAGCUCUGUCCCUGCACGCCUGUUGCUAUGACUGUUCCCACAGCUAGCGUAGCAGUGGCAGAUGCAGGCUCAACGGGAGGGAGAGUGGAAGCCUCAGCAGCACAGGGAGCCCAGAUGAUUGUAGCCACACCCCAGCAGUACGUAUCUGUCCCUCAGCAGCAAAUCGUAUCUGUCCCUCAGCAGGCACAGAUAGUAUCCUCAGCACAGUUAGUUAGGCCAGCUAUUGCGGCAGUAAAUAGUGGACAGGGUGGAAAUAUUCAGGCUGUUCCGGUGGCCAGCCUACCGGCAAUACAGGCGGCACAGCUGAAUAAAGUGAAAAAGAGCGGAAUGAUCUUGCAGGCAGCUGAAGUAGCGAGCUUAAAUAGCGCGUGCCAGGCUGAUAAGAUAGCCAGAGCUGCACAGGCUGUGACUGAGCUGGGUGUGAGUGAGGCAAUGCAUGCUAAACAAAUGGCAGCAAUGGCGGCAAUGGCGCAGGUAGCACAUCAGGAGAAUACAGAAAAUGCAAUGAAUAACUACGAGAUGAUGCAGCGCUUAAACAGCAUGAUUGUGCCGCAGGUUGCAAUGGCUGUUGCACCAGUGAAGACAGUUUCCAUGGUCUCUAAGCCUGUGGUGGCUAUAGGAAGCAGUGCCAUGGGGGGAGGCAUCGCAGUGGCAGCUUCUCCUGCAAGACAGCAGAUGGUAAUGAGUGCAUCACCAGCACAGAUGAGCGUAGUUUCAGCGGAGCAACCAGCAGCAAGCUUGGGGAUACCUGGGCAGAUGGUGUAUGGCGUUGUAACAAGCGGAGGAGUGUCUGGUAGCCAGUGCGUAUGCCCGCCAAUAUACGAGAAUCAGUCGAUGGCUGCAGUAGAAGCAGGAGAGUCAGCAAAUAUGAGUGCAUUUAGCGCAAGGCUUGCAACUAGUUUAGCACAGAAGAUCAUAUCUGACAUUUCAGCUACUGACACAAAUAAGACAAAUGGAGGGGUGGACAUGGAUGCUCUGCUGUGUGUGAAUAAAAUCAAGGCUGCACGGGCUGCAAAGAACAUACAGCAGCAGGUGGCAGGUGGAGGAUUGAGUAUGUGUCUCGAUGUAGUUGGGAGGUCUAGCUAUCUUGAUAAGAUGCUAAUGUCUAACCUUAUGUGCUACUGCUAA